CGCGAACAUGGCCGAAGUCGGCGAGGACAGCGGGGCCCGCGCCCUGCUGGCGCUGCGCUCGGCGCCCUGCAGCCCGGUGCUGUGCGCCGCGGCCGCGGCCGCCGCCUUCCCCGCCGCCGCGGCCCCCGCCGCCCCGGCUGCCCCCGGGCCCGCGGCCACCCCGUCGCCGCCGCCGCCGCCGCCCGCCCAGCCCCCCGCCGCCGCCGCCGCCGGCACGAUCGCGGGGGGCGCGGGGGGCGCGGGGGACGCGGGCCCGGCGGGCGAGGCCGCGGUGGCCGCGGCGGCCGACUCGGUGCGCCGGAGCCCGGGGCCCGCGCUGGCGCGCCUGGAGGGCCGCGAGUUCGAGUUCCUCAUGCGGCAGCCCAGCGUCACCAUCGGCCGCAACUCGUCGCAGGGCUCCGUGGACCUGAGCAUGGGCCUGUCGAGCUUCAUCUCGCGGCGCCACCUGCAGCUCACCUUCCAGGAGCCGCACUUCUUCCUGCGCUGCCUGGGCAAGAACGGCGUCUUCGUGGACGGCGCCUUCCAGCGGCGCGGCGCGCCCGCCCUGCAGCUGCCCAAACAGUGCACCUUCCGCUUCCCCAGCACGGCCAUCAAGAUCCAGUUCACGGCGCUGUUCCAGCAGGAGGAGGCCCCGGCCUCGCCCCUGCGGCCGCUCUACCCGCAGAUCUCCCCGCUGAGGAUCCACAUUCCGGAGCCCGACCUGCGCAGCCUGGUCAGCCCCAUCCCCUCGCCCACCGGCACCAUCAGUGUUCCCAACUCCUGCCCCGCAAGCCCACGCGGAGCCGGGUCCUCCGGCUACCGAUUCGUCCAGAACGUGACCUCGGACCUGCAGCUGGCCGCAGAGUUCGCCGCGAAGGCCGCCUCGGAGCACCAGGCAGACUCCACGUCCGGAGGAGACAGCCCCAAGGACGAGUCGAAGCCGCCCUACUCGUACGCCCAGCUGAUCGUGCAGGCCAUCUCCUCGGCGCAGGACCGGCAGCUCACACUAAGCGGGAUCUACGCCCACAUCACCAAGCAUUACCCCUACUACCGGACGGCGGACAAGGGCUGGCAGAACUCUAUUCGACACAACCUCUCCUUGAACCGCUACUUCAUUAAAGUGCCCCGCUCCCAGGAGGAGCCCGGGAAGGGGUCUUUCUGGAGGAUAGACCCCGCCUCGGAAGCCAAGCUGGUGGAGCAGGCCUUCCGGAAACGGAGGCAGCGGGGCGUCUCCUGCUUCCGCACCCCCUUCGGGCCUCUGUCGUCCAGGAGCGCGCCGGCCUCGCCCACCCACCCCGGGCUGAUGUCCCCUCGCUCUAGUGGCCUGCAGACUCCGGAGUGCCUGUCUCGGGAGGGCUCCCCCAUUCCUCACGACCCCGACUUUGGGUCAAAGUUAGCUUCCGUUCCAGAGUAUCGGUAUUCCCAGAGCGCACCCGGCUCCCCCGUCAGCGCCCAGCCGGUCAUCAUGGCCGUGCCGCCCCGGCCGCCCAGCCUGGUGGCCAAGCCCGUGGCCUACAUGCCGGCGUCGAUAGUGACGGCCCAGCAGCCCUCGGGCCACGCGAUCCACGUCGUGCAGCAGGCCCCCCCGGUCACCAUGCUCAGGGUGGUCACCUCCUCCGCCAGCUCCGCCAACGGCUACAUCCUCGCCAGCCAGGCCUCGGCAGGGGGCGCCCACGAGGCAGCGGGCGCGGCCGUGUUGGACCUGGGCAGUGAGGCAAGAGGCGCGGAGGAGAAGCCCACCAUUGCGUUCGCCACCAUCCCCGCCGCCAGCCGCGUCAUCCAGACCGUGGCCAGCCAGAUGGCCCCGGGGGUCCCUGGACACACGGUCACCAUCCUGCAGCCGGCAGCCCCCGUGAGCAUCGGGCAGCACCACCUCCCCGUCCGGGCCGUCACCCAGAACGGCAAGCACGCCGUCCCCACCAACAGCUUAGCCAGCAGCGCUUACGCCCUCACCAGCCCCCUGCAGCUCCUGGCGGCCCAGGCCAGCUCAUCGACGCCAGUGGUGGUCACCCGGGUGUGCGAGGUGGGGCCCGAGGAGCCCGCCGCAGCCGCAGCCAUCGCCACCACCACCACCACCGCCGCCGCCGCCACCGCCACCACCACCACCACCACCACCCCCCCAGCCACCGCCACCACCUCUGCCUCCUCCACUGGGGAGCCCGACGUCAAGAGACCCCGGCUGGAGGAGCCCAGCGGGACGGGGGCCGCACAGGCCGGGGUGAUCACGGCGGCCGGCCCGCAGGGGUCCGGGACCGGGGAGUGACGGUGCCCGUGGAGCUGGAGUGGGACGCACGCCGCGAGGAGUUGUGCCGCUGGACCGCGACGGCCGACCUCGCGGCCGCCCGGGACCGUGGCGGCGAGAAGGCCCCAGGCUGCGGAGCACGGUGCUCCUCGGACAGGACGGCCCGUCCGCCUGCUCCCGCGCUCGCCCGCCCCGCCGCCGCCCGUCCCCCGUCCCCCGUCCCCGCCGUGGUCGGCACGGAAACACAUAAACACGUUCAGACAGCCGAUCGCCUGGUUCUGGGGCUCUUUGUUCCCCCCGUGAGCACUGUCUGCGCCCCUGGCCCCCGGCUUGAGCAGCAGCCCGCGCCCCGGCGACCCCACAGACCAAGGCCCCCCGAGGGGAGGGCAGGGCGGCCACCCCCACCGCUGUCUGCUGUGGCCCGGAACCGGCCCAGGGAAGGCGGGCGCAAUCGGACUUCUGACGGUUCAUGGCAUCCGCUCCCCGAAACGGACCUGGGAAGCAUCGGAUUGGCAUUAACAGGGGGGGCGGGGAGCGGUCACUUUGGCUUCGGACCCCGAGUAGUUCUUGUUUGGUUUCAACGUGGCAUCGGCCUCACCGACACCUGAGACACGCACAGAGGAACCGCCCGUCUCGGAGGCGCCCACCGGGAGGCGGGUGGCCGCCGCCGCGGCGCCCUGGCGAGGCGACUCCGCCGCCCUGUCUGCGCCCUUCCGGGGAGUCGCCGGCUUCCCGGUGGGUGCCGGAGGCAGAAAGCUGUGUGGAGGGCACAUCCGAUCUGCAGCCUCCCGCCCUCCGCCUCCCGCCCUUUGUGCGCCCGCGUCACGGAAGGCCAGCCCUGCGUUCUCCGUGGUCUUGACGCCCCGGUGCCAGCGAUCACCACGCACGCCGGGCACGGAGCAGAGCCGCUCUCUGCCGCUUCACCAAGUCGUCUUACCCACCCGCGGGCACCGGGGACUGGGGGUCAGUCAGUGUGGGGCCGGAAAGGCGAGGGGGCCUCUGGGAGGAGGCCCUGGCCCUGCCACGGGGGGCACAUCCGAAAACAGCAAACGCAGAGCUUCGGAAGUCCCGGCAGGCCGGCCCCCUUCCCCGCAAAGCCUGCCUGUCCUCAGCCUCCAUCUCCACCAGCAGCCACCUGCCUGUAGCCCCACGCCCGAGGGCAGCGCGGCCUCUCUGCGGGUACCUGAGGGGAUGAGCCGGCGGUCUCCCCAGCUGGGACCCGGUGGGCAGGCCUUGGCUCCGGAGGAGGGGACUGGGGGGCGUGAUCUCAAGGCAGCACGAGUGUGACUGGCCCCAGGGCCCCCCGCACCCACCACCGCCAGUCGCUGUGGACACGUGCAGAGCGUUCUCCGCCCGGACCGACCGGGCGUUUCCAUGGCACUAACCCCUCCGCGGGGAAUACGCUCUUCUGGGAGGUCCAGGCGUCUCGGACGGAUGGACAGACGGGAUGCAGACAUGCCAGUGUGCGGCCUCGGGCACAGCCGCCCCUGCAGCCGCAGGGGACGUGGGGUCGCGUUCCGUUCCACGUUCCACGGCGGCGUCUCCUGCAAACUCUCCCAAGCGUCUGGUGCGCACACGGGAACGGGUGGGCUCGGGCCGGGCCAAGGCCUCACCGUGAGGGUCCGCAGCAGCGAGGGGUCCAAUGCGGCUUCAUUAUCAUUUCAUCCGGGGACGCGCUUGCUCUCGGACCCCCGGACCACCGCAGGUUCGCCUCCUCGGGCCAUGGCGUUGUCCGCAGAGACAGACAGGACUGCUGGCCAUGGGCGGCCGUCCGCUUGCUGCCUGAUGUGUCGGGGCAUGGCUCCGGCCCCUUGCUUUCCUGGCCUUCGAGGUGGUUUUUUUACCUGUUUUCACCGAUGACCCCGCUCUAUGGCCAGAGGCGCAGGGAGGAGGGAGGAGAGGUGGGUGCGUGGAACUGGGGGCAAGACCAGGUUCCGCCGGGCGCCGUCCUGCCCCAUGGAGAGCUCCGUUGCUGCGGGGUCCGCCCCGACGCCAGGCAGGGUGGGGACGGGGGGCCCAGGCCCCGGGGAAGCCGCCACUCUGGUCCGCAGACACCAAGCCCUGAACAGCUGAGUUUCCCGGCCACACAGCACGCCUGGCUGGUGCCGGCAUGUGCCCUAGGCCUGGCCACCGGCGGCCCUGGAACAGCCAGCACCCAAGGAGGUGAUACACGGCACAGCCAGAGAGGUGGCCCGGGGCCCUUGGGGUCCAGCGACCUCUGACCUGCCAUGAGCGUGGGCUGUGGAGGGCAGGCGACCCCAGCCAAGGAUGGAGCAGCAGAAGGUCAGUUCGGGCGCAGUCCUGAGUCACCGCGGCACGAGGGUCCGGGAACCUUCUCUCGGGUCGCCCGGGGGCUGAGUCUGGGAGAAGAGAUGGUCCAGUGAAGGGUGCUGGCGGGGCCCCGGGGCCCCUGCGGCUGCGGCUCCCCCCGAAAUCUCACACACACGCGCGCGCCGCCCGGGGCCUGCCGACCCGCCAGCUCUUCACCCGGCGCUGAGCGCAGAAAAUCACUGCGGGGGAGGAAGUCACAGAGUCAGUCGUUCACGCAGGCGGGCGUCUCCCAGGAGGCGACGGAGUGUGACGUUGGGAGUGACAGCGUCGGCCCGAGAGCACACCUCUGCGGCUCUCCUCCACAGGGGAGCUGUCCCGGGAGGCUCGACCCUGGGCAGGACGCACGCGGACCGGACCACCCUCCCGCCACGGGCUGUACUGCUCCCUCCAGGGUCCGCCCAGCCCCCGUCCAGGUCUCUCUGCUUCAGAACCAAGCCGGACGGGGGAAGGGGAGAAGUCCCUGAGUCGCCACAGGGAGGACUCGGUGGCUGUCGGCCAGGAGGGACCGGGGUCGCGGGUCCCUGCCUGUGCCUCCCUGGUCCUGGCAGAAGAUCGGGCGGAGGUCACGGGGUCAUUCCCCGAAUGCUGUCAUUCCUUCCUGGAAGGCCCUCCCUCUGCAGGGGGCGCUGCAGGCCCCGCUGUCUGUGGACGGAGCCCCGCGGGGGUGGUCCAGAGUCCGAGAGGAGGAGGACGAGGGUUCCCUUGGCUGGGGGCCGGUCUCUCACUCACAGAGACGGACAGCGGACCUCCCCGGGAAAGCGGACACCGCGCUGGGCGUGAGCGCCAGCCGGAGAAGGGCGACCCCCCGCGCUGCGGCGCCGGAACUCAGCCAGGACAGUCGGUGCGGGCGAAGGCCCUGUUUUUCUCCAGAAGCUUCAAGUUCUGCUUUGCCCUCGAGCGACACCGGGGGUGGAGGACUGUCGCCAUCGUGGGGUUCGCACCCGCAGCCGGCCUCUGCACCCCCCGACCCCGCUGAGAACAGCUCCCCCGGACACACUCCGCGGCGCCGGGCCCGUCAGCUGCCUCUGCCCCGACGCUGGGCACACCGUGCACUACUCGCUCUAGAAUAAGUUACCAAAAAUGAAUGUGAGCCUCUGCCCGGGAGGAGAGCCGGGGCGGCUACUGGAGCCCUGGGUCCAGGUCCGGGCCGCCACAGGGGCUCCCCUGGGCCUUCUGAGGGGGCGCUCCCCGCAGCCCCCCACUAUACCUCUGCCCGGAAGGGACACUCUUCACUCAGAACUACCCGAGUCGCUCCGGCGUGCUGCUACGGGGGCGGGGUGGGCCUGCAGGCGGCCGGUGGGGGUCGGGGCCUGGGGCGAGGAGGGCAGGACUGGGCCGGCUUCUGUCCGCUCCUUCCAGACUGCUGCUCUCUGUGUUUUACAAAUCCCUUUCGUUUUUAAGUUCCUCUCCCGGGGCCUCGUUUUCCACGUUCGGGUUUUUCAAGCGCUCAGGAUGCGGCUCUGGCCCCGUGCGCACAGCUAGGAGGUUGCCACCUGCCUCUCCGUCCCACGCCAGCACUGCUGCCUGUGGGGUCGAGGGAGGGGCUGGGUCGGUGCUGGCGGGGGCCUCGGUGGCACGAGGGGCCCGGGAGCGCCACCAUCCUCUCCGGAGCUGCUGCUGCUUCUGCUUCCCCUACUGCCCCCCCCACCACCUGACCCAGGGUGAGAGUGGGGUUUGGGGGUGCAACCCCAAGCACUUCUUCAGAGCUAAAGUAAGAAAUGGGCCCAUUUCACUGUUCAGAGAAAAUGGUUUUAGUGUUAAAAAGGAAGGAGGGUCAGUUGCUGAGCUGUCUCCUGACCCUGUGGGCUUCGCAGGCCUGUUUGGGGGCGUCUCCCAGAGGGCCCUCUCUAGCCGGGUCUCAGCCCACCCCCCACCCCCCCACCCCCGCUCCACUGCAGCUCUGCGGCCAGUGGGCUGCCCCUCCCCCGCCUGCGGGGCCCCGUCUGCAAGGAGGCCGACUGGGGUGGGAGCCCGGGCGUCACCGAGGGUGCCACCUGGUGCGGGGCUGCGCCGGCUUCCCGCAGGGGUCGUGAGAAGGUUCUGGAGACACAAGGCAGUUAAACGGCGUUGAGCGGUCAGGAGGACUCCCUUCUCCAAGGCUGACCAGCCGAGCUGCCAUCACACUCAGGGGGUGUCUGCACCGGCCGCCGCGGGAGCCGGGUCCCGGGUCCCGGGCGUGCGGCUCCCGCUGGUCAGCGACAGGAGGCCUUCGUCAGGUGCAGCGCUAGGGGCGAGCACCUGCCUGCCCUUUUCCGCAGGGCUGAAGUGAAAAUCUCUCCUUUGAAUUCGUGAGCCGUGGGGGUCGUCUUAAUGCCGGUGUUGGCUGCUCCCUUUUGGAGGAGAGUGAAGGGAGCAGCCACUUGACCUCAAGGCACCUCUCGCCAGGGGGAGACCCACCCGCUUGUCAUCCUGACGGCCAUUGGGAAAGCUCCGGGGCCAGCAGGGGGCAGCAAACAAGCUUCCUUGUUCUGGUUGGCCUGGUGCUGCUGGCUGCCCGGGACCCACGUGCCCCCACAGGCGGGCGGCUUCAGGUCACUCCCCCCAGGUUUCAGUCACCACGUCACCUGUGAGGGUGACUGGAGAGUUACCCUCGCCUUUCUGCCCCGACCCAGGUAUUUUGAGUCCAGACAGAAUUGGAAGAAUUUUGGUCCUUCACUCUCGACUCGGGAACCUUCUCUGGAAUAGUUUGCGAAUUUGAUUCAUCCCAAUGUUGACUGGUGGUCGGCCCCGUCAGAAAUCAUGGGCAGGGAAGCGGAGGGCAGGCCAGGCCCAAGGGCCCCCCAGCAGUGAGGCCUGCGGCGUGGUCCGGCGCAUUAAGAAAUGUGCUCUUCCCCGGGAGGUCCCACCCGCGACAGGCAGACCCUGCCGGGCCGGGCUGUGUCCCAGGGCUGAGCUGGAAGGGGGUCUGAGGUCAGACUCUGAAAUGGAUGUUCCCCACCCCCCACAAGGCCUGAUGGGUAACAAACACACUGCGCCUGUGACCUCAAGCUCUCAGCCCCCACGUUUUGGGUUCACUGGUCCAGGUUUUUUCCUCUUAAUCAGUAAAAAAUGGGAUUUAAACUCAAACAUGUUAAGCUUGGCCCUCCCCUCCUUCCUGGUGCGUCUUAAUUUACUCAGUUCAAGUUCUGCCAGGACGGGGUGGGGGGCGGCGGGGAGACGGAUGCACCCCGGACUCUGUCUCAGAGCCGCCGAGUGCACACCCAGCAGCUCGGUGCACGCGAGGGAGCACUGAACCCAGUACUGAGAUUUUUUUUUUCCUUAUGAGACUGCUAAUUCUCCUGUAAAGGUAACGUGGGGGGGUGGGUGCUGUUAGGGUGGUGUGUGCGAGCGUGUGUCUUUUUUUUUUUUACAGUGGCUGUCUAAAGUGUUUUUUACAAUACGUUUAACAAUCAAUGCUUUAAGAGUAUCCGUGGUAUCCCACCAAGUGGAAAUUCAGGUUCUCGGGCCUUGGGUGUGAAGACGAGGUCCCGUCAUGGCGUCUCACCACCUGCGAGCAUGGUCCGGCCUGGGGGCCCGGGGAGGCGAGCAGAGCCACCCGGCCCGGCGGCGGGGCCAGCCUGCGUUUCCAUUCCCAGUGGGAUACAGUAUUUUUUUAAUAAGGAGCCAUACUUUUUUUUUAAAAGUUUGAGAUAUGAAUGUGAUUUCUAAUUAUAUCAGACAUUAAUGUUUUAAAGCUAUAACAAAAGUUUAAAAUUUCUACUUUUUGUUUUUCAUUUAUUUUAACUGUUCUUUUAUCUAUUAAAUUGUUGUAUGUGGAUGGGGAAGUUUUGUUUCUCCUCUUAGCAUUUGUUUCUAUAACCUGAAAUAAAAUUAUAUAUUAAAGCAAUGACA